CGUUGACUCCGCUGCCAGCCGGGUGUCCGCCUGCCUUUUUGCCACUUCUUCUCCUCCUGCGUGACUCGAGGAGGCCCCACCUUCCAGCAUGUCUAUAGGACUGGAGCUGAUCGGCAUCACGCUGGGCAUCCUGGGCUGGAUCAUCGCCAUCGUGGCCUGCGCCCUGCCCAUGUGGAGGGUGACGGCCUUCAUCGGCAGCAACAUCGUGACGGCCCAGAUCAUCUGGGAGGGCCUGUGGAUGACCUGCGUGGUGCAGAGCACGGGCCAGAUGCAGUGCAAGGUGUACGACUCCAUGCUGGCGCUUUCCCAGGACCUGCAGGCGGCGCGGGCCCUCACCGUCAUCUCCAUCCUGCUGGCCAUCCUGGCCGUGCUCGUGGCCAUCGCCGGCGCCAAGUGCACCAACUGCAUCGAGGAGGAGGCCUCCAAGGCCAGGGUGAUGAUCGUGUCCGGAGUCUUCUUCAUCGUUUCCGGGGCCAUGCAGCUGAUCCCCGUGUCCUGGUCGGCCCACACCAUCAUCAGGGACUUCUACAACCCGCUGCUGACCGACGCCCAGCGGCGAGAGCUGGGCGCCGCGCUGUACGUGGGCUGGGCGGCGGCGGCGCUCCUGGUCCUGGGCGGGGGACUCCUGUGCUGCUCCUGUCCGCCGCGGGAGACCCGAUACAACAGCUCACGCAUGGCCUACUCGGCCCGGUCCGCCGGCGGCCCCGUCUUAGAGAGGAAGGACUACGUAUGAGCGGAGGUCAGACGCGCCUGAAGCUCUGAGAGGAGCGCAGAGAUGGGGACUUGGAGAAAAACAAGUGUUUGAUUUUUUUUAUUUUAUUUUUUCCUGAUCGUUUUAAACAUCUCUGAAACGGUUCCUUUGGCCGCCAGAGACGGAGAUAAUAAGCACGUUGAUGCAAAAUUUGUUUGUGCACUGUCUUUUUAAGAGUUACUGUCACUGUAAAAUCACAAUUUUUUUUUUUGUUUUUUAUAAAACUGUACCUUUAAUGUUUUCAACUGGAGGAAAAAAGAAGUUCUUAAACCCAGCAGCGAUCUCCGUGAUCAAGGACGACGUUGUUAGGAAUGGAAGAACCAGUGAGCUGUAAAUGCAGUGGACAGCAGAUAAUAACUGGAUUUAACUGCUGCUUCAUUGUGGUAAAGAGAAAUUACCGUGUUUUUCUCCACAGCUUGUGACGAAGCAGCGAGAGACGGC